UUCAUCGCCGAAGCUUCAUCCACCAGGUCGAAAAAAUGAGCGAUAGCGAGCUUUCGAGCGCCGUGACGAAUGCGCUGUUGGAGCUUUACCAGCGCCAAGACAUACCCAUGGAUUCGCAGCCGAUUGCAGGCGUUGGCGAGAAUGCCUAUGGACAGGUCCUGCGAGUGAGUUGGCCCACAAUGUCGGAGGCGGCGACCGUGGUGGUGAAAAUGGCGCCGAAGAACGAGGCUCGGAGAUCCCACAUGCACGUGGUGGACUACUACGCCCGCGAGGUAUUCAUGUACGUGGAGGUAUUCCCCAUCUUCCGGGAGCUAUCUCCAAACCAAAGUUUGUUCACCGUAGCACCGGCUCUACAGGCAAAUGGCCUUGAGGCUCCCGACGAGUUCCUGAUUUUCGAGGAUCUAUCUGAAAGUGGCUUUCGGCCCAAUUCGCGCAGCACCAUGCCCACCUACGACAUCGUCAUGUGCUCCCUGAAAGCUCUGGCGGAACUGCAUGCCUGCUCGUUCAUCCUGCAGAAAAAAAAUCCUGCAAAGUUCAGGGAGUUGGUGGAGUUCGUGAAGAAGGACAACUUGUUCACAGACAACAUUGAGGAGGUCACCAUUGAGUUUGGAAAGGCUCAGUUACGUAAGGCGCGGACCAUUCUAAACGAAUCGGAUGGGGACCAUGCCGAAGUGGCCGCCUUAAAGGAGGUCCUGGAACGCUGUGAAAAGCACCUUAAGUCUUUGGCACUUUACUGCGUGGAUGGCAGAUCGCAGGCUCCACAUGCUGUCAUUUGUCACGGAGACUUCUGGAACAAUAACAUUCUCUACCGAACUGAGCCCAAUCUUGGUCAACCCGUGGAGGCUAAGCUCAUCGACUUCCAGAUGUCCCGCUAUGGACCGCCAGUACUUGACAUUGUCCACUACCUCUUUGCCUGCACCGAGAAACAAUUGCGGGAUGAGCACUUUUCCACCUUCAUGAAUGCUUACUACGACACCCUAGACCAGAAAUUGUCGUCUUGCGAUCUUCACCUCGAAGAGAUAUACCCACGAAGCGUCUUCAACCGACAGUUGCAACUCUAUGGUGUUUACGGCCUAAUUAUGGGUGCCUUUUCCCUACCCUUUUUUAUUUCCAAUGCCAGUGAGGUCGUUGACAUUGAUACCGUUUCCGAGGCUAUCCAGGAUCUUUCGACAUCAUCCGAUGAGCCCAAGUACAAAGAGCUGAUCGAGGAAUUCGAAAUGCUCAACGUACGGACGUUGCCAAUUUUCAAGCGUCGAAUUACCGGUAUCGUCAGGGAUCUGAUCAAAUAUGAGAUGACGGAGCCACUUUAUAAAAUGGACUCCUAGCCC